CAUGCGUCAUAUCUUCCGAAACACGAAAACUGAGUUUCGGAAACCGUUCUGUCGUGUUUACACGUGAAGGUCUGCAUCAGAGUUGCUAGCCCAGGUAAAUAUGGUGCCUGGAAAACAGCUGAUACAGUUUAUGAUUUCGUCACUACAAUCGCUAUUUAUCUGAAAUUAGACGAGGUGUAAACAGCUCCAGUGUAAUAUUUCUUCUUAUCUUUCACUCCAUGUUUAUUAGCUGGAAAUUUUGAAAAAAAAAAAAAAAAGCAAGACAAACCUGACAGCCCAAGCACUUUUUAAAGCCGGUUGUGUUUACAUGGUAUCGAAAAUCGAUUGCGGAAAUGGAAAACCGGCAACCAGAAGCGGGUUUCCAGAAUCGAUUUCAAAAUGUUUUUCCUUACCACCCAGAAGCGGUUUUGGGAAAUCGGUUUACGAAAUCCGAUUUUUGGAGCCCUACAUAAAUGGGGGUGAAAGUCUGUUCACGACAGACUGGGUACGUGUCUGAUUGGAUAAAAUUGCGUUUGAUGGCGUCUCUUUCUUCAGCCAAUCACGAUCGCAGCGGAGUCUUCGCGUGAAGCAGCGAAGAUAUGUGGGUGGAUUGUUGUUGAGAUAUGAUGGCAGAUUCAAAUUUGUGUAUAUUGUGUGGCAGAAAAUUUACAGCUAGAAAGAAUUUGUUUGCACACUAUAGAGGGGUACAUAAAUUACAGCCACAUACGAGGGCUACGAUUCGAUGUCCCAAGGAAGGCUGCAGGUUUUCCUGUAACUUUUUGGCUAAUUUGAGAAUACAUGUAGAGGAAGAGCACAAUACUCUGAUGGUGAAAGAAGUACUUCUGUUCGAAUCACCGGAAGAGUUUCAGGAGUGGAAGGCCAAAGAAGAGAAGGAAACCAAAAGCAGCUUUGUACAACACUGUGGUGCUAAGCGUACAAAAGGUGGCACUGAAAGGAUCACUUUUGUUUGUCACAGAAGUGGGAAGUUUCAGUCUUCAUCCACAGGCAAAAGGUUGCUGAAAUCACAAGGCAGUAUCAAGUUAGGAAGCCACUGUACUGCUGCUAUUGAGCUCCACAGAGAAGAAAGUGGCGAUUGUACUGUUGUUUAUUUCAAAACGCACUUUGGCCAUGAACAGCAUAUAGGCUUACUGCAGCUUAGUAGAUCUGAUAGGGAAGCCAUUGCAUGUCAAAUUGCUAAGGGCGUGCAUUUCGAAAAAAUUUUGGAUGAUGUGAAGAACUCCAUCCAUUCCGGAGAACCGGAGAGGCUGCACCUUAUUACUCGCCGCGACCUCCACAACAUAAAGAGAGAUUUUGGCAUUGGUGGCACUCGGCAACAGGACAUUGAUGAAGUGAGUGGACAAAAUGAAAAACUGGACACAAAUUCUUCUCAGUUGAGGAGACUGGAGUAUAAAUUACAGCUUUUGAGACGCCGUAUCAGCUCAGGUAUGAUGUCCAGGGAAACAAAGUGUAAAGUGGAGAAGGAAGUCGAUCGUUUGCUUUCACUUACUCAAUUGGACUUCAGCAGGGAAGUUCCGCAUUCCCACAAUAGUAAAAAAUUGAAAGUGCUACGAAUACCUGAUAAGUCUAAUAUCAACAGCGAAGUUCCGCAUUCCCCCAAAUAUGAAAAGUUGAAAGUGUUACAGACAUCAGAUAAGUCCAACAUCCAUAGGAAAGUUCCACACUGCCCCAACAAAGAAAAGCUGGAAGUCCUACCAAUACCUAUCAAACCUAAGCCCUUUCCAAGGAGCAUUUUUGUGGUUCCGGCCCAUAUUGAGAAGCCAAAUAGUGUAAUUGUGAAGGGGCAACCAAAUAGUGAAGUUAAGACUGUGCAUGUUGGUUUUGAUCACACAUACUGUCAGAGCUAGUUUGUGUGUGUGUGUGUGUGUGUGUGUGUGUGUGUGUGUGUGUGUGUGUGUGUGUUUCGUAUAGUUUAUUGCCUACUGGAAACAUGCCAUUUAAAAAAUAGAGCAAUGUCUCUGGCUUGGUACAUCUGUGGUGAUAUGGAAACCCAAGUGUUGUUAACCCUCUAUUGCAUGACUUUUUUUUUAUGGAUCCAAUUUCAGUGAAAACCAUAUCUGGGGGUAGGGUCUGACACACAAAGUACUGUGUAACAAGUAAAACAUAGAAAUUUUGAUUUAUUCAAUAUUUUAUGAUUGAUUGUUGCCAUAUGGCAACACCAUGCUUAUGUCAACACACUUUUCAGAAGACUCUCAACACUGUUAUUUACAUAUAUGUGUAAAAUUACUUAGGAAAG